UGCCACCGUCACUGUUUCUCUGGACGCGCAGAGAAACCAGUCGGAUGUCCUCUCGCGUCUCCGCUUCAGGAUCCAGACGCGCACUGAAGGAAUGCGUGGCACAACUCGCCGUUUAUCUGGAAUACCUGUCGUUAAACGCGCGCAUUCCGAGCAUGAUAGUCCCCCUCCGGUGCCAGUAAAGGCGUAAAAGAAAAUGUCUCACCAGCAGCGGCUCGUGCAGCUCUCCGCGGCUUCGCUCGCCGUCGUCUUCGGCCCGGACGAGGAGAGUUUACGCGCCGGCGGAGGGAAACUCAGCGCCAACACCGCAAGCGGCCAGGAGAUUUUUGCAGACUUCAAAGCGCAAAACUCUCGCAGUUUUUGGAAUAAAAGGCUCGUUAAGGCCAUAGCCGAAGUGUACUUUCAGGGAUGGAUGGAAAACUCGGUGCUUUUCAUUCAAGGGAACGCGAACAACUUGGAGGUGCUGAGAGAAGCGUGGAUGCGCAGAGCUCUGAGGUCUCCAAAGGGAUUUAUCAUUAAAGCUGUCGGUGACCUGUCCCCAGUGCAGAUGUCCCCCGUUCCUCAGUCCCAGUUCAUCCCGUUGGCUGAGGUGUUGUGCUCCGUCAUCUCAGAUAUGAACUCCUCACAAAUCACUGUCAACCAGGAAGCACUUGUCAACUACAUGAGCAAAGCCCAUCCAGGGAUAACCAUCCCCACUCAGGACAUCCUCUACAAUGCUCUGGGCACUCUGAUCAAGGAGCGCAAGAUUUACCACACAGGCGAGGGUUAUUUCAUCGUCACACCUCAGACCUAUUUCAUCACUAACAACAUGGUCCGAGAGAAGAACUGGUGGACUUCUGGUUCAGCAGAUGACCCUCCUUUGCCUCCUCCCAUUACAUACCUACUGAGCAACGACGCCUGUGUUGAUGGCACUCAAACGCUCCCAGUGGCCCACUGCAAGUCCUGCAGCUGUUUUGGUCCUCUCCAAAUUUCCACUGAUAUCACCUCCACUACUGCAACAGCCACAGUCCCCUCCUCCACCGUCCCGGACCAUCAUUCUGUCUCCUUGUCCAUCAGUGAAUGCACGGGCAAGAGCUUAAAAUGGCCCCGACCGUUAGAUCACAAACCUUCGGUGCAACAUCAGUCGACCUCCACAGCAGCAGACUGUCAAGCAAGUGAGAUCAGCAAAAACUACAGCCACAACAAACGUCACUGGUCGCAAAGAAAAGACAACAAACCAGGGCGGAAGUUUGGUCUCAGUUUGUUCCGGAGGAAUGGAGGAAAAAAGGAAAAGCCAAAAAAGGAGUAUGCAUCAUUUUCAGGCCAGUUCCCUCCAGAGGAGUGGCCAGUAAGAGACGAGGACGACUUGAACAACUUGCCCCGUGACCUGGAGCACGCCAUCAUCAAACGCAUCAACCCUGAACUGACUGUGGACAACUUGACACGACACACAGUCCUGAUGAAGAAGAUGGAGGAGAGAAGGGAGAGGGGGAUAGAAAGAGUGCUGGACAGGGCUCUGGAUAAAGACGAUAAGGGAGUCGACAAGGGAAUGUCUACUGAGAUACUUUCAUUCGCAAAACCCAGGCAUCAUCACUCGGCUAAGGCAACAGCAGGGAAAAGAUCUUCUCAAAAGGCCUCUCGCAGCAAGAGGAGGGCCCACUCUUCCAGAGAGAAGCAGAGGGAAAAGGAGAAGGAGAGGGUUAAGAGUAAGGCUCCCAUAUGUUGCUGACACUUAUCCAGAGGGGGAGGAUUUGAUCCCUACCCGGCUCAGAGUGGAAAUCCCUGUUGAUGAACCAGAUCAAGUGGAAGAAGGUGGAACUGUUGAGGGAAAAUCUCUGUAUAAGAGACGCAUUGAAAACCCUUUCCAGAGCCAUCUAACCAAAGACGCUGAGACCAUAACUCCUGCCACCCAGAGCAUAGAAGACGAGACGUGAAAGAUGGCAAGGCUUCGGGGGUGGGGAGGAAGGAGCGAUCAAGCCACCGCUCCAAAUCAUGGGACCCCACAUCGGGCCAAGGUGAUGGCAGCAGAUGGAGAGAGUGCAGUGAAAUUUCCUACAUCUGAGGACAGGUAUGACUGCAUCCAUGAGAGGGACUUUACUGCUGAUCAUCUGCUCCAAUCUGACAUGAAGCUCAACAGAGAAUUGCCACUGGACUAUAGCUCGGCCUACCCACAGAGCAGUACGCUCCGAAUAGAAGACAAGGUCCGACAUCAGAAGGAUGGAAACAUCAAGGAUAGUUGGGAGAGAAGGUAAAAAAUAGGCCUUUUCAGGAUGUACAGGAAUUGAACAGUGUACCAGACCACAGCCAAAAUAUAGCUGAUGGUCUUGGUAACAUCCAACAAUGCCCGUUACUAAUGUGGCCUACCCACCCCUAUGAGCCGUUCAUAAACCACUCAUAUGGAGCCUAAUCUGCCCUGGCCCAAACCCUCUUUAACGGCGGAAACAUUCCCUCAGACUCUCACCCACAAAGGGAUGAUAUUCAGAGGCCCGAUGAGCUCCUGAACUGCAGUGACCCAGGAUCAACAGGAAAUGCAUCCCGUCACGAUCAAUAGUAGAGAGCAAGGACCAUAAGCCAGGGAGAAAGACUGGAACUGACAGCUGACAGCACUCCUUUAGUAAACAGACACUGACGGCUUCAUAGAGGACGACUAUAGACUCUAUACAAGCAGC